CCUUUUUCUUCUUCGCCGGUGACCGAAACUGAUUCAUGCAAGUGCAUUGUACACCAGACAUUCACUGGCAAAUUGCGCUCAGAUAUCAUUUGCAAUAAAUGCUCGAGCUUCAUCAAUCGGUGUUCGUCAUCCACUCAACCGUUUCUUGAUGUAUCACUGAUUGUUCCGGCGACAUCCCCAGCUGAUCAGAUAGGAAUCAAAACAUGUUUUGUGCAAGAGGAAGAUUUAGACCGAAACUGCGAACGAUGUGGAUGCAUGAGAGCAACGCGUCGAAUGAGUUUCAAAGUUCUGCCAUCUGUGAUCGUUUUCCAUCUGAAGCGCUUCAGCCCAUCUGCUACUGGGAAGAACAGCACGGUUGUAUGGUUCGACUUGGAAUCCGAUAUGUCCCCAUUUACGUCGGCUUUUCUUGACAAUCCGUCGCUGUUCGAUCCUCGCACUUCUGCUGGAAUGAUUAGUCAUAAAAAUCAC